AACAUUAUAUUUAAUUCAAAUCCGGUUAUCCGUUCUCAAGAUGUUUCAUGCGUGCAGCUGAACAUGAUCGCGCUUGUCCUACGAGGUGCGCACGAACACGCCCUACAUAUUCCCACCACGGCGAGUCUUCAGCAGUUCAUCAGAGAUGGAGCGGUGGGCUGGACGUGUUGCCGUGGUAACGGGGGCCAGUUCUGGGAUAGGUGCCGCCAUUGCCCAAGAGCUGGUCAAGAAAGGGUUACAUGUGGUCGGCCUUGCACGGCGGAUACAUAGACUUCAGGAAGCAUGUGACAAGCUGCAGAACCUGCCUGGCCAGCUUUACCCAAUGCAAUGUGACAUCACCAAAGAGCAGGACAUCUUGAAUGCUUUCUCAUGGGUCAAGGAGCACCUUGGUGGUGUUGACGUCAUGGUCAACAAUGCUGGAGUUGCACACCAGUCGUUUCUAGCAGAUGGGGAGACAUCAGAGUGGCGCCACAUGCUGGAAGUUAACGUGUUGGGUCUCAGCAUCUGCACUCGGGAGGCAAUUUGCUCCAUGAAGGAGCGUGAAGUCACGGAUGGACACAUCGUGCACAUCAACAGUAUUUCAGGGCACAGUUUGCCUCAGAGUCCCACAAUGUUCUACAUGUAUGGGGCAUCAAAACAUGCCGUCACAGCACUAACAGAGGGGCUCCGCCGCGAACUUGUCAACAGCAACUCCAAAAUACGUGUUACGAGCCUCAGCCCUGGUCUGGUACACACGGAGAUCAUGGAAGCUGGUCACAUGCGCACCUUUACAUCACGUGAUAUUUUCAAUGGGAAUCCUUGUCUUCAUCCCCAGGACAUAGCUGAUGCUGUGCUGUACAUUCUAGGAACUCCACCACACGUACAGAUACAUGAACUGACAAUUAUACCAACUGGACAGAAGUACUGACUUUCAUCAUGAGAAAUUUUUACUUUUGUGUUACUCACAAACAUAUAAAGAAAUGUCCAUGUUAAUAAAAGAGAAUUCUGUGAUAUCCAGAAUAAUAGCUGCUA